AUGGACAUAGCAACCCUCCUCAUGUGGCUGCUCGCAGCAGCCGCCGCCGUCACCCUCGCCGCCCUUCUGAUUCCCGGCGAAAAAAACCACAAGAACGCCACCAAUAGCCUCUCGCCCCCAGAAGCCGCCGGCGGAUGGCCCGUAAUCGGCCACCUGCGCCUCCUCUCGGGGCCCGAGCUUCCCCACAUCGUCCUCUCGGCCAUGGCGGACAAGUACGGACCGGUCUUCACGAUUCGUCUCGGCGUCUACCGGGCCCUGGUCGUCAGCAGCUGGGAGGCCGCCAAAGAGUGCUUCAGCACAAACGAUGUCGUUUUCUCCAACCGCCCCAGGACAGCCGCCAUCGAGCACAUGGGCUACAACUUCGCCAUCCUCGGAUUCAGCCAAUACGGGCCCUAUUGGCGCGAGAUGCGGAAGAUCUCCGCCGUCAAACUACUCUCCGGCGUUAAAGUUUCCACCUUUGGGCACCUAUUCGAGACGGAGAUAGCGAGGAUGGUCAGACUACUGCGAGGACAAAAAGGGUGUUUUGAAAUGAAGCAGAUUAUUGGGGAUAUGACCAUAGGCCUCAUGCUGAGGAUUAUUUUGAACAGUAAUAAGGAUGAUGAGAAGAUUGAUGUGGCAAAAGGGGAGAAGCUGAGAGAGUUGAUUAGAGAGUUUUUUCGGAAAAUGGACGAGGUCACGGUACCUGAUGUGGUCCCGUCCCUCAAGUGGCUGGAUUGGUUUUGUGGAACGAACGAGUCGUUUAAGAAGACAGGGCACGACAUGGAUUGUUUGAUGCAAGCUUGGUUGGAUGACCAGAAGAGACGUGGGACGACUGACGGUAGUUUCAUGGCCGAGAUGAUAGCUGUUGCGGAUGAGGUGGCACGGCAAUUCCCCAAGUACAGUGCGAAUACAAUAACUAAAGCAACUUGCCAGGCGAUGUUGUUAGGAGGAACAGAUACGAUGACAGUAACCCUCACAUGGGCCCUUUCUCUACUGCUCAAUAACCGUCACACCAUUCAGGAAGCCCAACAAGAACUAGACCUUCAUGUUGGCCGAGAAAGACUCGUAAAAGCAUCAGACACCGAAAGCCUCGUCUACAUCCGAGCCGUAAUCAAAGAAACCCUACGUCUCUACCCGCCAUUCGCACUACUCCUGCCCCACGAGUCAGCAGAGGACUGCCACGUGGCGGGAUACUACAUCCCAGCUGGCACACGACUCAUCCUCAAUGCGUGGAAACUUCACCGAGAUCCUCGUGUUUGGGCUAACCCACUGCAGUUCCAGCCCGAGAGGUUCCUAUCGGACCACAAAGAGAUUGAUGUUCGAGGACAACACUUUGAGUUGCUCCCAUUUGGGGGUGGCCGGAGGAUUUGCCCCGGGAUUGCUUUUUCGCUUCAAUUUAUGGUGCUUGCGCUUGCGAGUUUAUUGCAUUCUUUUGAUAUUGACACGACUUCUCGUGAGGCUGUUGAUAUGAAGGGGAGUUUGGGUUCGACGAAUGUGAAAGCUACUCCGCUUGAAGUCGUGCUCACGCCAAGAUUGUCGUCGGCUGUUUAUGAUGGAUUCAUGUAUAAUGUUUUGUGA